GGACCAUGGCGGGUAGGACCCUAGCUCUGCGUUAUGGCCCCCCAUGGCCUCCCAUUUCUGGAACCGAGGUGUCUGGAUCCUGGCCCAACUGGCAUCUAACCAGCAGUGGCGUUGCCCACCACAUUAUCCCCUCUGUGUCCUUCCCCCCGCCCACUGUACAGUCCACCGUCGCCGAACCCCUAUCCCACGCCGCAAAGCAGGAUUUACACAUCUGGGCUUUUGACGAAGUCAUCAGCAGAUGGGAGACAACCUACGGUUCGGCCCACGUGCCCAAAACCCUGGGCGGUCCCUACGCUCAGCCCAGAGCCCCAGAGCCUGCGGACCCUACGCGGACAGUAGGGAUUAAGGCUUUAGGAGAAAAACUCAGACACCGAGGCUGGCGCCUCCCCCUCAUCACAAAACACCACAGCAGCGAGACCAAGGCACAGUACAAGGGUUGGCCCAGCCAGGACCGGCGAGUCGUCGUCUACUUUGGGCCCCAGUCCCUGGAGCUAGUGGACCACCACCGCGGGGGCCCUUCCCAGGCCCUAAUCCCCUGGACGAAGAACCCUGAGCUGACUGGCCGGCCUUUCACAAUAUCCGACAAGGGAGUCCUGGACCAUCAUCAGCCCUAUCUGACCACCUCGGCCCGGGACUUCCGCUGCUACACGAAGAAGGAGCUGUCCAGAUACGCCUGCAAGGACACGCUGAACUUCUGGGGCUUCCAGAAGAUGCCUCAGGCCCGGGACCACGGCCCGCAGCGGACACGGUGUUCGCCCUUCCCACUGCCGCCGGGACCACCGCGGGCCCGCUUGCCACACGUGCGCCCGGGGACGCCAGCCGUGCCGCAUCGCGGGACCCUGACUUUGACUCAGGAGUCCUACAGCUCCCCGGUGCACCCACUCCGCCGGCUUGAUCGCUCCUGCCCACUGGAGGCGCCCUGGGGUGGCCCCCACUGGAAGCCCUUGCCUGGCAUCUACAGCGUGCCUAAAGCCUACCGCACCGAGAACUCUCGCUAUGGCAGCUUAAAGUCAGAGCUAGUCUGAGCUGGCCGGGCCAGCC